AUGAAGCCAGUGUACCUGCUGCUCGACCCGCACAGUAGAAUCGAUACAGGAGGAUACCCUGGUGGUUACCGAUCAUCUCCAGUGAACGAAGAGCACUCCGUUGGAAUGUAUCCAAAUUCCCCACAGUAUUCACCAUACCCAUCUGCUGGGUACGCAGGAUAUGGACCCCCGGGUGGAUCACAAUACCCUAGAGGACCAAAACCCUGGUACAUACCUUGGCAAGAUAACUACACACAGACCUAUUUACUCGAAGAUCCAUAUGAACGGAGAGCGUUCAUACGUAAAGUGUAUUCAAUUCUGAUGGUACAAUUACUGGUGACGGCAGGAAUAAUCUCGGCGUUCAUUUACGUCCAUGACGUACAAGUAUUUGUUGCUAAAUAUCCAUGGAUUUUCUGGGUAGCCGUCGGAACCCAAACAUUUACCGUUGUAGCUCUGUCUUGCUGCACAUCGUUGCGACGCCAAGUGCCAUGCAACUUCAUAUUUCUCUUUAUUUUUACUAUCGCCGCGAGUGUCAUGCUAGGAAUCAUAACAAGCAAGUACAACACCCAUACUUUAUACAUGGCAGUAGGAAUAACAGCUGCUAUAUGCCUAGCAUUAACGCUGUUUGCCUUCCAGACCAAAUGGGACUUCACGGUGAAGGGCGGUAUGCUUCUUUGUUGCUUGGUCGUGUUGUUUAUAUUUGGUAAGGACACCCUUUUGUUGUUGAUAACAGUGAAGCCAGACAAGCGCAAUUUUGUGAGUUGUGAGUCGCGUUUUUCUUUUAGAGUCUCGUAG